AUGCCAACGUGUUCAACGGCGUCCGAGAAGAAGGAGAGGAACGGGAAUGGCGGGGCAGCGGGAGACCCGGAGAUGCAGCAGCUGCUGGCGGACAUGAUGCAGCUGCAAUCGGAUAAGGUACGCGUGGAGUCUUUCGUGGAGGAGAGGACUCAGCUGCUGACGGGGAUCGCUGAGUCAGCAUCAGCGGAGUAUGCAAGGAUCGCAGAAGAGGCGAAGCGGGGCAUGGAAGAGGCGAGCAGCAAGGUGCUGCAGCAGGUGGAUGCAGAGGCGGACGAGUUUGAGCAGCAGCUGGCGGCAGCGCGGGCGGACAUGGAGCGCAGCGAGCGCGAGUUUGACGAGUUUGAGAAGUCCGUGGAGGAGAGGCGCAACUCGCUGCUCUUCUUCAAGCAGCUCUACCGCCGACCCUCCGACUCCUCUCCCUCGCCUCCUGCUGCCGCUGGUUCACCCGGCUCAGAACCUGCAAGCCCAGGCACGAGUGGAUACAGCAGUCAGGGAUCGGAUUCCUCGCGUGACUCCUCGUCGUCUUCAGCGUCGCUGCAGGCCCGCACUCAAACAGCUCCCUCCCCCUCUUCCUCACAAUCUGUGGAUUCGCUGCCCUCGUCCAUUCUGGCGCUCUCUCCCAAGGAGCAAGCUCUAAGGCCGGUACCAGAGCUGUUCUCAGCGAAUCAAAGGGCGGCUGCAUCUCCGUUCCGUCGCAAGGUGUAUGCUGCUCUUGUGGCCAUAUCAGGGCUCUCUCUAGUGCAGGCGGUCAUGCAUGAACCCAAGGAGUGGCUGCAGGUGGCUGCUAGUGGGCUCGUGUUCUCUGCAUUGCUGGUGCAAGCACUGUAUGAACGAUCACUUGCGGGAAAUGGUAACGAUGAUGAGGGAGGGAGAUAA